UCUAUCGAAGACAGAGAGAGAGGGAGCUCUGGUACCGUUAGUGACGAGUAUACCUUCUCGUCCAGUGUAACCGAACAAGCGUAGGAUACAGAAGGAAGUCAUGGAAAACAUGCCAGGGCAGUGCAGGAACAGCAGCAGCGGAGAAUACAGCUCGUCUGAUGACCUGAAACAGGGAAUAUAACCGCUGACGGGAAAACCGCUAAACACAUCGGACUACUCUUCUUCCAUCUCCACCAUUUUGGUUGUCAGUGAUGGAGCACAUCCGGACGCCCAAGGUGGAAAAUGUGCGUCUCCUUGACCGGUUGUCAGGCCAGAGAAAGGCCAGCAUUGGGACUCUCUACCUUUCUGCCACGCACACCAUCUUUGUAGAGAACAACCCUGAGUCACGCAAGGAGACGUGGGUGUUGCACAGCAUGGUGAACAGUGUGGAGAGGCCGCCCACCACCCCUGCAGGAAGUCAGCUGAUCCUGCGUUGUAAGGACUUCCAUGUAUUCCAGAUCCUCAUGGCUCAGGAGAGAGACUGUUUGGAUGUUCAUGCCUCAUUGGUCAGGUUGUCUCGACCAGAGAAGUACAGUGAGCUGUACUGCCUGUCCUUCAAUCCCAAUGUGAACAAAGAGGAGAGAGAAGAGUCAUGGAACUUCUUAGACCUUGUGGCCGACUACAAGAGGAUGGGAGUUCCUAAUAACCUGUGGGUUACUACAGCAGCCAACAGUGAAUACAGGGUGUGUGAUACGUACCCCUCAGAGCUGUUUGUUCCAAAGUCAGCCACACCCGCCAUCAUCGUGGGCAGCUCAAGGUUCAGGAGCCGGGGACGAUUUCCUGCUCUGUCCUACUUCCACCAGGACACAUUGGCAGCAGUGUGCCGGUGUAGUCAACCAUUGUCAGGCUUUAGUGGACGCUGUCAGGAGGAUGAAAUGAUGCUUCAGGCUGUGAUGAAGUCCAACCCUGGUAGUGACUACAUCUAUGUGGUGGAUACCAGGCCCAAGUUGAACGCUAUGGCAAAUCGAGCAGCAGGUAAAGGCUACGAGAACGAGGACCACUACACCAACAUCAAGCUGCAGUUCAUUGGCAUUGAAAACAUUCAUGUGAUGAGGAGCAGCCAGCAGAAAAUAAUUGAUGUGGGUGAAAUGCGAUCUCCGUCCAUGACUGACUUCCUGUGGGGUCUGGAGAACUCUGGUUGGCUCAAACACAUUAAAGCCAUACUGGAUGCCGGAGUCUUCAUAGCCAGGGCUGUGGCUGAUGAAGGUGUCAGUGUGUUGGUCCACUGUUCAGAUGGCUGGGACAGGACAGCCCAGGCCUGUUCUGUAGCCAGCAUACUGCUGGACCCCUACUACAGAACCAUCAAAGGACUCAUGGUAUUGAUAGAGAGAGACUGGGUUUCCUUUGGACACAAGUUCUCCCACAGGUACGCCCACCUGGAUGGAGAUCCUAAAGAGGUGUCCCCUGUGAUUGAUCAGUUUCUGGAGUGUGUGUGGCAGCUGUCAGAACAGUUCCCAUGUGCCUUUGAGUUCAACGAGCGCUUCCUCAUUACCGUACACACACAGAUCUACUCCUGUCAGUAUGGGACCUUCCUGGGUAACUGCCAGAGGGAACGCAGGGAUAUGAGGCUUAAUGAGCGGAGUCACUCUUUGUGGCCUCACCUGUGGAAGGACAGAGCUGAGUACAUCAAUCCCCUUUACAAGGCAGAGCUGAGCCAGAGUCAGGGUGUCCUCAGACCAAACACCACCCCCUACUGCUUCAAAAUGUGGAAAGGUCUCUAUAACCACGUGGAGAAAUCAGUGCCUCCUUGCCAGUCACCUGCUGACUUCCUGUCUGCCGUGAGAGAGGAGUCCCAGCAGCUGGAGGAGGAGCUGACUAAUCACCAGGAGAGGAUAGUAGCCCUCACAGGGAAACCUAUCAUGUGGGAGAAGAUUGAGGUUCCGAGGAGGAGGACUAGCCACCUGCGGCAGAGACACCGUGGGCCGGACCCGCCCACCACUUACACAGGCCCAAUCACCAGCCCUGCACAGGACAAUGGUCAUGCAGUCUCCUCUGAACCAGCCAAUCAAAAGGCUCAGACCAAGGAACCGGCUCUCACCCUGCCGAUAGGGCCACAAGCACAACUCAAGAGUCACGACCCCGAUGACCUCUCCACCUGCAGCGACCUGGAGUCGGGUGUGGCCGACCUCAGCAGCCGCUCAUCUAGUGGUGGGGACUAUGGCAAGGACCUGGACUUGGAAUGAGGAUGCCUGUACUACUAGCUGACUGGAAAAAGGGAGCCCUGGCACCUAGCUGGAAGGGGAAAGACUUACAGUCGAUUCCUAAAAAUAUUUAUUUAAACACCUGGAGGGGAGUGAAGGAAGGCUGUUAUUAGUUAAAGAUGGUUACUGACUGACUGAAAGGCAGUUGGAUUUUAUCCUUUGUUUUCUAGUAGACAGUUGUAGUUUGUCCCAUUCCUUCUUGAUCUAAAAGGAGUCACGGUGACUUAGGGAGAAACCUCAAUGGCUGUUUAUCAGUUUGUCUUUUUGACAAAAGCACAGAAAGACACCAUUCCUGUGUUUUAAUGUGACAUUUUUUAAAUUUAUUUUUUUGUUGCACAAAGCCAGAUAGGCUGCUUUUUAUAUGUGGACAUAGUUUUUAGGUCGGCUCAAUUACCGACAUUUGUACUUUGUAUUUUGUUUAAGGGAUGCAUUAUUGUCAUAUGAAACUAGCCUGAAAUAAUGUACGACACACUGGGUUCACACUGAUGAAUCACUUAUAUUUUCAGAGUAGAACAAACAAUCUCACUGGACAAAGCUUUACUUUUAUCCAUAGUAAUCAUGUCAUUCACGUCUCCUCUUCAACCCAAUCUAAAAAUAAUUUGCAACAUGAUGGAAGUUUUAUUGAAUGAUUUAUUUACAUCCAGUCUUCCUUCUUCUUCAGUGUAAGACAAUAUGCGUUAUGAUACUAGUAAUAGUAGUUUUUCCUCCAAAGUGUUUCUUUGUAGGACCAGCAAAUAUUUUUACUUUAGACACAACGCAGCACACCGGUUUCACUGAAAAACUGACCUCUGGUCAGUAACACUAUUUCGCAACAUAGUGUGUCUAUUUCAAAGUCUGGACCAAGUUAGGUGUGAGGGGCCACUAGUUCAGCACUAUAACUCAAUAGUAAUAGAAUUAGAAGGCGUAUUAGAGCAACAUAAAUAUUAUUUCUCUGGAAAAUUAUGUUAUUAUUUAUGUGGUGGAAAGCAGAUUAAUGUUUCCAGAGGGUGUAAGGCUUUUAGAUGUGUAUGGUCAUUAGCCUAACCCUGGAUCAGCCCUCCAUCCAGCCAUUUGAAGGUUUAUUGCUGAAUAGAAGAACAGAAAUCAAGCUACAGAGAUGCUGCAGUGGAAAAUGUAAAAUGUUAUUAUGUAGUCUUCACACUGGAAACUUCUUCCCUUGUAACUUAUCUUGAACUUCUCUAAAACGUAUCACUUCACAAAACACAAAAUCUGCCACUAAGGGUUGAUAUCUAGGUUUUGAGAGGUAGAAUAAAAUAUACUAAUUUAGUUCAAAUUAGAAUGAUAAGCAGUAUAAAAUUUAAAAAAGUGGAUUCCCCAAAGGUACUUUUUGAAAAUACAAAGCUGUUCUCCCAGCUAUGAUGGAGAUAAAGGAAAAGUAUAACAGGAAGGAAAUAUGUCACAGAUUUAAAGUCUGAAUCGAGGUCAGAUAAAUUUAAAAUUGUUUCUUGAACCUGUCUGAAUGAUCAGUCAUUACCAGGGAUAGGAAUUAACCAGAUCAAAAUAUGAACAAAAACAUUAAUGCUUAUAACAAAGGCUGGACUACAGUAUUUUCUUUUGUCUUUCAUGUGUGCAAUAUAUUAUGUUAAAGCAAUUUGUUAUAUUCUUUUUGGUUUCAGUGUACUAUACAACAUUCUACAAGGACCUGAUAUCCUCAGUGAUGUAAAAAUAUUUAACCAACUGAAUCCUUCAGAUGAUAUGGUAUAAAUCAUGAAAUCCAAUGAAGCUUGUCAGAUAACUGGUGUUUCAAAUUUUAUUAUAUAGACUAUGGUUGACUGCUAUGUACUUUAAGAACUUUAGAAUUUAUAGCUCGUGUCCUUUCAAGUUAUCCGUAGCUUUUUAGAUUCCCACUGAUGAAUUACCAACAAGCAGAACACUGGGAAAAUGCCCAAAGCAAUUAAAACACCUCACUUUGUUUCAUGGUGUCUACACUGUCCAGAGGGAUCUCUGUAAGUGCAUUCCAUAUUUUAAUGAGCAUAUACAGUUUUUGGCUGUAUGGUAUCUAAGCGCUGACCUACUAGAGCACAUUGCCAUGUUACUGUAUUUAAUGCUGACAAUGAAAACCUACUGUGACCCGAGAUGAACAUGACUGGCUCCAUGUAAUCCUUCAGUGUUGGUGGAUAUGUGGUACAGAAAGCACUGAUUAUACACCGAUCAGCCGCAAGAUUAAAAACACUGACAGGUGAAGUGAACAACAUUAUCUUGUUAGUUUGGCAAGGGUGAGAUAUAUUAGGCAGCAAGUGAACAGUCAAUUGUUGAAGUUAACGUGUUGGAAGCAGGAAAAAUGGGGAAGCGUAAGGAUCUGACUGACUUUGACAAGGGUCAAAUUGUGAUGGUUGCACGACAAGUCUUGUGGGGUGUUCUUGGUAUGCAUACCGGGAACACCCCACGAGACCUGUCAUUUUAGAGAUGCUCUAACCCAGUCGUCUAGCCAUGACAAUUUGACUCUUGUCAAAGUCAGUCAGAUCCUUAUGCUUGCCCAUUUCUUUUCUUUUUUUUUUUUCAAAAGUGGUCCAAGGAAGGGCAACCGGUGAACCGUUGACAGGGUCAUGGCUGCCCAAGGCUCUUUGAUGCAUGUGGGGAGCAAAGACAGGCUCACAGAAGAGUUACUGUAGCACAAGCUGCUGAAAACCUUAAUGCUGGCUAUGAUAGAAAGCUGUCAGAGCACACUGUGCAUCACAGCUUGCUGUGUAGGGGCUGUGUAGCCGCAGACCGGUCAGAGUGCCCAUGCUGACUCUGACCUAAAAGUGCCUACAAUGGGCAUGUGAGCAUCAGCACUGGACCACUGAGCAAUGGAAGGUGGCCUGGUCUGAUGAAUCACGUUUUCAUUUAGAUCAUGUGGAUGGUGCGUGCGCAUCAUUUACAUUUGGAAGAGAUGACACCACGAUGCACUAUGGGAAGGCAAGCCAGUGGAGGCACUGUGAUUCUCUGGGCAAUGUCGUGCUGGGAAACCUUGGAUCCUGGCAUUAAUGUGCAUGUUACCUCGACAUGUACCACCUACUGUAACGUUGCAGACCAAGUGCAGCCCUUCACAGCCUCUUUCAGCAUGGGAUGUGUUGAAAAAACAAUUCCAAUCCUUGGAGGCCCCACCUUGCAUCUUACAGGGCAUGUGAUGGGUCAGAGCUGUUUUGGGAGGGCAAUGGGGACCUACACAAUAUUAGGGAGGUGUUUUUUUUUUUAUGUCGUGGCUGAUGUGUGCAUUUCAAACACAUACUGAGUAGUGUGUCUUACAGCUAAUGACAGCUGAUGUGUUCACUGCUGAGCAGUGGCGGGCACCUGUGGGACUGAAGAAAGAAGUUGACCAAUUACUUUAGCACAGAUAUUAUGUAGUCCAAUUUGUAACCAUGGAUUUUAAAAACAUUGCCUUAGAAAUGCUGUAUACACUGGACAUUCAUACAACCAAUUCAAGAAAAAAGAGAAAGUGGAAAGAGGAAUACUCUUUCCACUGUUGGUACAUUUUAAAAACUUUCUAUACGCAAAGCUGUGGAGUAAGUUGGGAAAAAACUGAGUUUUCAUUGGCUCUGGCAGUUGUGCUGACAUGCAGAUCCAAUAUAACGAUAUAAAUGUGGUUUGACCGGUGCACGAUGAGAAAUGUCACCGUGAUGCUGUGUGUGACAACACUGAGGAGCUGUCUCUUGUACAUUUCACUGUGUGUAGGUACAUGUGUGUGUUCUGUAUUCAUUGAUGUAAAAGAUCUAUCAUUAAAUGCAUUGUUAAAGGGAAAGAACUGCAACAUACUGGG